GGGAGGGAGGAAACCUCUCAGCUCCCUCUCUUCUGCUACGUGCAAAGGAAAGAAAUCCUGCCAGACAAAUGAUCAUUUUUCUCUUACCAGCCAACCAGUGGUGAGUGGGAGCCCGGGGCAUCAGGACCUUGCCCGUUCUAUGCCAGAACCCAUCGCAGUGCCCAACCGCAGCAUUGGGAUUCGCUAUAAGGAUCAACCUCUGGACCUUACAUCUGCCUCUUCCCUGGCCCAUCAAUGAGCCCGGAUUUCCAGCACUAUAGCUUCAGGAUGCCUAAUAUUGGAUUCCAGAACCUCCCCCUCAACAUCUACAUCGUAGUGUUCGGCACUGCUAUAUUCGUCUUCAUCCUGAGCCUCCUCUUCUGCUGCUACCUGAUACGGUUGCGACAUCAGACGCGUAAGGAGCUGUAUGCAUAUAAACAGGUCAUUUUAAAAGAAAAAGUAAAAGAGCUGAAUCUCUAUGAGGUUUGUGCUGUUUGCCUAGAAGAGUUCAAGCCUAAGGAUGAGCUGGGUAUAUGUCCGUGCAAGCAUGCCUUUCACAGAAAGUGCCUCAUUAAAUGGCUGGAAGUGCGGAAAGUUUGCCCCUUGUGUAACAUGCCCGUCCUGCAAUUGGCGCAACUACACAGCAAGCAGGAGCACGGACCUCCGCAGGUGCCGCUGCCCGGAGCGGAGAACAUUGUAUAGCUUACAGCUAACGUGUCAUCGUGGGUCGCCCCUACGAGGAGCCACACAUCACAUGUCCUUACCCCGCUUCCAUGGGGCAGAUCCCAGAAUAUUGGUCGGCAGCUGAUGGAUUCCUGCGACAUUCUCCGACAUGGAUAUGUGGACUCUGUAGCAACCAAAGCACUUUCAUCGCCUGCCUCUGUGCGUUGAGACGAGAGGGAACUUGGCAGCAGUAUUUUGGCCUUGGACAAGCACUUUACAAGAUUUCGCUGAGACUCUUCCCCCCCCCCCCCCACCCAUUUUAACAUUUUUAUAUAGAAAUCUUUACUAGAAGUUUUCACUGUGCCAGGGCCGGAGAUGGCACAACUGUCCAUUUGCAAAGGGAAGGGAUGGUAAUGAACCCAGGAGACCCUGGAAGAUGGAGUAAUGGCGCGCUAUGCAAACUGCUUACCGUAAAACCGCGCG